AUUACAAUGUUAUCAUACACAAUUAGAACAGAUCAAUAUAGAGAAAGAACGAAAUAUAUCCAGAGCAAAUAAAUUUCUCACUGCUUCUAUAAGAAACAUCCAACUAAUCCUUGCAGAAAAACAUGUUAGAUUACAAAAAUUGAAUAGUAUUGAAGAUGAGAUAAAUAAAAAACGAGAAGAGAUUAAAAAAGGUAUUUAUUUGAAUGAUGGUCAAUUAAAAAAAGAUAAAUCGAAACUAAUGAAUAAUAUUUAUGAAGAUCGACAAGAAAUAGAAAAUUUAAAACGUAAACUUCAAACUAGACGUCAAACACUACAAGAGUCACACGCACAUUUGUCACGGCAAAAAACAUUCAUUGCAAAAGAAUUUGAAACAACAAAAGAAAGAUGGCAUGUUGUCCAUAAAUUAUUAGCAGAAUCAAGAAAAGUUUUAAUUAAUGAGGUUAUAUCAUUGUUUGAAUUAAAAAAGAUUCGGGAUGCACAAGCUCAACAUAAUGCGGUCAGAGAGAAUAAUGAUGUUGUAACAGAAAAAGGAAAAUUUUCUACUAAUGAAGAAGAUUUUGAAUAUACAAUUGGUGGUUUGAUUCUACUAAAAAAAGCUGAUUUCAUAAUGUAUCCACUUGAAGAAAUAAAUACAGCGAUAGGAUAUGUCAUACAUAUGCUAGGAUUGGUAACAGGUUAUUUAGGCGUACAAUUACCAUUCACGAUAUACAACAAAGGAUCUGAAUCUUAUGCAAAAGGUAGCUUACCACUAGAAGAUGAAAGUAAAUAUUACAAUAGUAAAAGAAAACCAUUGUAUUUAGCAGAUCGUAGACACAUGGAAAAAUUUAUUAUAGGAAUGUCAAUGCUAAAUUAUAACAUAGCAUUUCUAUGUCAUACUCAAGGUAUUGAGAUUCCAUUUCAUCAAAUAUCCCAUACACUUGAAAAUUUAUAUCUAUGUUGUACUGCACCGAAUCUUGGAUUAUGUGAUCAUCUAGCUGCUUUGAAUCGUCUAUACGAUCAUUCAUUUAGCAUAAAAUUUGACGAUGUAGUUCGAUUCAUGAAUUCAUUAUUAAAACCAAAGGUACAAAAAGAUAAUAGACUUUAUUAUAAUAAUAUUUCUGAUACCACAUUGUACGAUUAUUUUGAAGAAGAAUUUGAAGAUGAUAGUAGUAAUAUGGACGGAGAAACUUGGGUUAUUUGUGAUACUGUAUGA